GCCGGCCGCUCUCUGUGUGUGCGUGUAAAGAAAGGGGGGAAGGUAAAAGACACACACUCCACACUUCCGGCUGAUAUUACAGAGAAAACAAUGACCACAAUGCAGUGAGAGGCUUUUGAAUGGAAGAGGAGUCUGGUCACCUCCUGGCUGUGUACUGAACGAGAGAGUGGACGUCGACUUUUCCUGAUCUUCCUCAACCUGCCUCCAUCAUGGCACUGCUCACCCACGUGCUGGCAUGUCUGUUUGGUAUGGGCUCCUGGGUGGCCAUCAAUGGGAUGUGGGUGGAGCUCCCCCUCAUCGUACCAGGGAUCCCAGAGGGGUGGUACUUGCCAUCUUACCUAACAGUCCUAAUCCAGAUGGCCAACAUCGGUCCUCUCUUCAUUACCCUGAUGCACCGCUUCCGUCCAGGGGUUCUAGAUGAGCGACCGGUCAUCUAUUGCAUUGUGGGGUUGGGGAUCAUUGCCACAUUCCUGCUGGCUUUCUUUUGGAGGCACGCAGUGACAAUAGGGGGCUCUCUGCACAGUGUUCCCCUGCUGGUGCUAAGCUUCCUGCUCUCUGUAGUAGACUGCACCUCCUCCGUUACUUUUCUGCCUUUUAUGAUGCGGCUGCGUCCACAGUACCUCACCACAUACUUUGCAGGUGAGGGCCUCAGUGGUCUGGUGCCUGCACUGGUUGCUCUGAUUCAAGGUGUGGGUGUGGUCCAAUGUGAGAAUGCCUCUUUGGCUGUUGGGGCAAACCAAACAGGUGAUAAUUCAGAGCUACAAGCCAUUUACCUUCCGGCUAGGUUUUCUGCCCAAAUCUUUUUCAUCUUUCUCAGUGUUAUGAUGGCCGUGUCCCUGGCAGCGUUCAUUUUACUUAACCAUCACCCAGCUGUGGCUCGGGAGAGAAUGAAUGACCUCUACUUUAGUGGGGAUCAGGGUGUGGGAAAGAGAGAACAAGGCCUGUCUCUGCAUGCUCAAACACCAGAGCAGAAGCCAAUGAUCAGUCCCCAGGAGGCAGUCGGAAGGGUUCCCAGGAGCGCGUUUGGGAGGGGGACGUACAGCAACCUCGAGUUGGUGUUCAUCUUUGUGGUGCUGGCCUGGGUCAAUGCUCUGACCAAUGCAGUGCUUCCCUCAGUGCAGUCCUACUCCUGUCUGCCUUACGGGAACAAGGCGUAUCACCUAGCUGCCACCAUGGCAGCUGUAGCCAACCCAGUGGCCUGCUUCAUUGCCAUGUUUAUGCCAAUUAGGUCUCUUAUCUUCAUGGGGUCCUUGACCAUGUUUGGGACUGGAUUUGGAGCCUACAUCAUGGCCAUGGCUGCUCUUAGUCCCUGCCCCCUGCUGGUCCACAGUGCUUCUGGAACUUUAGUCAUAGUUCUGACAUGGAUCCUGUUCGUCCUGUCCUUGUCCUACGUGAAGGUCAUCAUUGGGGUGAUUAUGCGGGAUGAAGGCCACAGUGCCCUAGUGUGGUGUGGAGCAGUAGUGCAGUUGGGCUCCAUGGUUGGGGCAGUAUCCAUGUUCCCAUUGGUCAGCAUCUAUGGACUUUUCAAGUCAGGUGAUGCUUGCAACACCAAAUGUCCACUGUAGACUAUAGAUAAGUUUAUGAAAAACCCUGCUGUACAAAACACUAAUCCAAGUUGCACUCUUGUAGCGCUGAACUCAUUGUAAGAGCUUAACGUGCUCCCGACUUGUUUCAUCAGAACUGAGAUGUUACAGGUAAUUUAUCUGCAACUUUAACUAAGAUGUGUUUUAUCACUCUUGUGAUAAAUUCAUAUUUUACACAGAUGUCUGUAUUUAUGGACUGUUGAACUGUACAUAUUGCUGAAAUGACAUCGAGGGGCAUUUUUACACCUGAUAGUUCGGACCAUGGUCAGAAUAAAGCCUUAAAACUUUGUUACAUUGUUUACAUUUGAUCUGCUUAGUUUUGAUUUCACAUUGAAAUUUAGGAAGCAGACUAAAUACUGUAUGAUAAACAUUAUACUGUUGUCAUUACCACUGUAGGCCGUGUCUAUCCAUACUUGACUUUGAUCAAUUUGUAGAAGAGCAUGUUUCUGAUGUUGCUUUAAUGUCAAUUAGGCAUUAAUUAAUUGUUUUUCUCUAACGUUUUAUUAAGUCUUUACAUCUGAAUGGAGAAACAUUUGUGAACUGUUUCACUACAUUAAUCUGGUUGACUCUGUAAUAUAAUUAUGGUAUUACUGCUAGAUAAAUGUUGUAGUUGAAACAUUACAUUGCCAGAGGCAAAGACUACAAGAAUUCAUUUAAGUCGCUUCUGCUUCUUUUUCUCCUUCUAUUCUUUAUAGCUGUCUCAACUUCAUACAACAGGUCAGAAAGUAUGAACUAUCCCAAAUAAUGUUUUAACACUGCAAACACUCUAAACCAUGGUUCGUUUGAUCUGGACUGAGACCACCUCUUUUGGUCCGACUCAAUUUUGGGCUGUUGAUUCGGACCAUGGUCUGAGUCAUUUUUAACGUCUGCUACUAUGGUCCAGACUAAACUAAAAAGUCUAAAAGGUCCAGACCAAACAAGGUAGGUGUGAUUGUGCCCUGAAUUGUCAUUACUUUGGACUACACAAGACCCACUGAAUAUUAUUGUGCUGCUGAGAAAAUUACUAUUCCUUCUCUAUUCAGAGGUCAAAGCCAUUGUACUUGAAUUGUUUUGAAAUGUGGAAGUAUAAAUGAUUGAUGUUGCUUUUUUAAGAACCUUACUCUUAAAAAUUUGCCUUCAUUUGACACUGACAGAUGUGAGUUUUUUUGUUUGUUUAACAUUAGUACUUUAUAACUUUGUGGGUGUUACUAGAGUGGAGGAACUGUUCAACAAUACCAAAUAAAGCCUUUGCUUUAA